AUGAAAAUCAUUGUUGUGUUCACUUUAUGUUUCGUGAUUAUUUUAGCAGCCAUUCUUGUUUUACCAUUACAUCCAUUAUUUGAAAGUAUCCCUGAGAAGUAUUAUUAUAGUUCUCAAUCAAAUUACUUAAAAUAUAAAAAUUCUAAUAACCUUACCUUAUUAGGAUUAACUAAUUCAAAUAGUAAAAUUGGCUCACAAUCUUUUGGGAUUCAACUCAUUAAAAAACAAGAUGGAACAUAUUCUAUUACUGAACCUUUUGACCUCAUUGAAGUAACCUCUCCAAUUAAUAAGAAUAUUAGCUUUCAUGAACUUAUUAAUUUUGGUAAUAAAACAUAUGGAAUUGAUGCUAAUACUGGAAUGAUCUUUGAAAUGCAUCAAAAAACAUAUGUUGAUGGUCAUUUAUAUUAUAAUACUCUUAUCCCUCGUCAAAUCCUUCCAGCAAAUGAAACUGAUGAAGAACUUCCAAUGAAUAUUAGACUUGGAUUUGUUAAAGAUUCAGUUAUGCAUGUUAUUGCAAAAAAUUAUAUCAUUGCAGCUUUAGACAAUGAAUUUAGAGUAAGAUGGAGUGAUUGGAAUAAAGUAUUUAAGAAAGCAACAUCAUCAUUAAAAUGUUCUUCAAUAGAAUUUGGAAGUGUUUUAUAUUCACGUGAAAAUUAUACUUUUUCAUUCAUUCCAUUUGACUGUUGUGUAAGUGGUGCAACUUCUGGAUUUGGGUGUAAUCAAAUAGUUGUGACUGAUGUUGAAUAUAAUGAAUUAUAUAAAGUUACUGUGCCACUUACUCCUAACCAACGAGUAGAAGCAGCAAAAUUUGUUCCAUAUCAUGAAAAUGAAAUUAUUUUAUUGGUUUCUGAUCAAAACCAACCUAACCUGUCUCAAUUAAUGAUUUAUUCAUUAAACAAAAAAAUAUUAUUACCAUUAACAACAAUUAACGUUGGUGCAGCUGUUUCAGUAUUUGAAAUAAUUUAA